AUGGGUGACGUAAAUAAAGAUGCCGUCGAAAAAUACUUGGAGAACAAUCCCCAGUUUGCCAAGGAGUAUUUCGACCGGAAAAUGAGACCAGAAGUGGUGGGAAGUAUCUUUAACGUGAACCCUGGAGAUGUGAAGGAAGGAGUCAGCUUCAAAGACAUGUCCCGUCUGGAGGAGUGUAACAUAAUUUUUGAGUUGAUAACAGAAAUUCAGGAUGAGGCAUGUGUUAUGGAAAAGGUAGUGCACAAGGCCCUGCAGAGGCUGGCACAGCUGCUGGCAGCUGAUCGCUGUAGUCUGUUCGUUUGUCGUUCCCGGAAUGGUGUUCCAGAGGUAGCCUCCAAGAUUCUUGAUAUCACUCCAACUUCCGAAUAUGAGAAGAAUUUGGUGAAACCAGAAAAUGAGACUGUUUUUCCUCUGGACAUCGGGAUAGUGGGAUGGGUUGCUCAUACCAAGAAGUUUUUUAAUAUACCUGAUGUGACAAAGAACAACCAUUUUUCUGACUUUAUGGACAAAAGAACUGGUUAUAAAACAGUCAAUAUGAUGGCAACUGCAAUUACACAGGGUAAAGAGGUGCUUGCUGUUGUGAUGGCACUCAACAAAUUAAAUGCCCCUGAGUUCUCAAAAGAGGAUGAAGAGGUAUUUAAAAAAUACCUCAACUUUAUAUCUUUGGUGGUAAGAAAUCAGCAUACAUCAUAUCUCCACAAUAUUGAAUCACGAAGAAGCCAGAUGCUUCUGUGGUCUGCCAACAAAGUGUUUGAAGAGCUAACAGACAUAGAACGACAGUUUCAUAAAGCACUCUAUACUAUUCGAAUGUAUUUGAAUUGUGAAAGAUACUCUGUUGGUCUGCUGGACAUGACUAAAGAGAAGGAGUUCUAUGAUGAGUGGCCAAUCCGGCUGGGGGAGGCAGAGCCUUACAAAGGCCCCAAGACACCUGAUGGACGAGAAGUCAACUUUUAUAAGAUUAUUGACUAUUUGUUACAUGGACAAGAAGAAAUCAAAGUCAUUCCGUCGCCUCCACCAGAUCACUGGUGUCUUGUCAGUGGAUUGCCAACAUACGUUGCUGAAAAUGGUCUUAUUUGUAACAUGAUGAAUGCACCAGCAGAUGAAUACUUCUCAUUUCAGAAAGGACCAGUGGAUGAAUCUGGAUGGGUUAUCAAAAACGUCUUGUCAUUGCCUAUUGUCAACAAAAAAGAAGAAAUUGUGGGAGUUGCAACGUUUUACAAUAGGAAAGAUGGAAAACCUUUUGACGAGUAUGAUGAACAGAUCAUUGAAACUCUCACACAGUUCCUGGGGUGGUCUGUUUUAAAUACUGACACUUAUGACAAAAUGAACAAGCUUGAAAACAGGAAAGACAUUGCUCAGGAAAUGCUUAUGUACCAGACAAAGGCCACCCCUGCUGAAGUUGAAUCUAUCUUGAAAUACAAAGAGAAAUUAAAUGUGAACAGUUUAGAUGAAUGUGAGCAAAAGGAUCUCAUCAGGAUUUUGAAAGAAGAAUUACCUGAUCCAAAAGAUUUAGAACUGUAUGAAUUCCGCUUCAGUGACUUCCCUGUUACAGAGCAUGGCCUGAUAACUUGUGGAAUACGACUGUUCUUUGAGAUAAAUGUUGUUGAAAAAUUCAAAGUCCCAGCUGAGGUCCUUACAAGAUGGAUGUACACAGUCAGGAAGGGUUAUCGGGAUAUCACUUACCAUAACUGGAGACAUGGAUUCAAUGUGGGACAAACAAUGUUUACUCUGCUGAUGACAGGCAAAAUAAAGAAAUACUAUACUGAUUUAGAAGCCUUUGCCAUGGUUGCAGCUGCUUUCUGCCAUGACAUUGAUCACAGAGGGACCAAUAACUUGUAUCAAAUGAAGUCAGCUGCUCCCCUGGCAAAACUUCAUGGCUCUUCCAUUCUAGAAAGGCAUCACCUAGAGUACAGUAAAACCCUGCUGCAAGACGAGAGUUUAAACAUCUUCCAGAACCUAAAUAAGCGCCAGUAUGAAACCGUUCUACACUUAUUUGAAGUUGCAAUAAUAGCAACUGACUUGGCUUUGUAUUUCAAGAAAAGAACUAUGUUUCAAAAGAUUGUGGAUGCAAUUGAAAAAAUGGAAACAGAAGAGCAGGCAAUUAAGUAUAUAUCUAUUGACCCAACGAAAAAAGAAGUCAUCAUGGCUAUGAUGAUGACUGGAUGUGACCUGUCUGCAAUAACCAAGCCCUGGGAAGUGCAGAGUAAGGUUGCCCUCAUGGUUGCAAAUGAAUUCUGGGAGCAAGGCGACCUGGAACGAACUGUGCUACAGCAACAACCUAUUCCUAUGAUGGACAGAAACAAAGGAGAUGAACUACCUAAGCUCCAAGUUGGUUUCAUUGACUUUGUGUGUACAUUCGUGUACAAGGAAUUCUCGAGGUUUCACAAGGAAAUUACACCUAUGUUUGAUGGUCUUCAAAACAACAGGGUUGAAUGGAAAACACGAGCUGAUGAAUAUGAAGAGAAGAUGAAAGCUAUUGAGGAACAAAAGAAAAAGGAAGAAGAAGCAGCUGCCCAAAAAGCAGAAGCUGGUGCUGGAGGUGGUGGAGGUGGUGAAGAUGGAAAAUCCAAAACAUGUGUAGUUUUGUAAUUGUUUGUCUAAGACACCGUUCCUGCUACAAGAAAAGACAUCUAGAAAGAACUUCAAUGAGCCCCAGUGGAUUUCUGCUUUGCAUAGAAUAGUAUAGAGUCAUUUCUUAAUUUUCUUAAACACUUGCCAUUUGUUGGAAAUAAUUUUUAAUGGAUUAAAAAAACUGUUACAA